UGUGUACAUCAGUGAUUUUUAAUGUAUAUCUUUCAUUUUCCUUCCCUGCAGGGGCUGUUUUUGGGGUCAGUGAAAUUUGGAAUUGAGACAAAUUGACUUCAAUAUUGAGAGUAACUGAACUUCUAAUAACAGGAGCAACAUGAGCUGACAAGCAUUAAACAAAGUUUAAUGUAAUGUACAAAUGAAUGUACUGUAUGUGUCCACCAAACAAAAUAGAUGUCGGCAAGGCAAUAAAAAUGUUAUGAAGAAUAUGGCGAAGGAUGGACCCCACACCAUGCUAGAAUAGUGCAAUUUUGUAGAUUUUGUUUAUGUUGAGCGAAUCAAGUGAAUCAAUCUGUAUUCAUUAGUAAACAUGCCAUGUCCCACACAUGUAGAAUAAUAUCUUACCUUGACAUAUCAGAAAGCCAUACUGUAUAAUUUCAUGUUAUUUCAGAGUUCUAUCAAACUGAUUAAUCUGAAACAUUGCCGGUGCAAAACAAUGGACUGUAUGGGGACAGUCCUUUUUUUGUAGUUGUGUCAGGGCGGAGGGCGGGGCUGGGCCAUGACGCUGCACUCCCGGCCCCUAAUCAGGCUGAUCAAGCUCAAGAGGGAUAAAGGUGACUGGAGGUGGCAGUUUGAGAGAAAGAGAACUACAUGUAGCUGCACUUUAAUUACAAAGAAGCAAGGUUAAAGCUACCAGAAGAUGUUGAACACAUAGACCCUGGGACAGAGGAUUCUCCAAUAGAAGUCAAACGAAGAAGAAUUGUGCGGACUAGAAGAACUGCACAGUGGACAGCAGAUUUUUCGCUCAUCCCUUCCUAACUCUUAAGUGGCGUUCACUGAGUAGAACAUCUUGGCAAGACCAAGGAAAAUAGUGGAUUUCAAGAAGGUGGAGAGGGUCGUGUGAACGUUGACCUUUUCAAACAUGCAACUGCAUUUCUUCUUCAAGCCAGAGAAACCCAUCGAAUGACACAGAGAGCUGUUAACCAGAUGGUCAGUGGAGUCCAGCAAUACCAGGCGGCAUUACUGCAGCACCUAAAACAUCAAAUGAGUAACAUGAUUGAGACAUAUUCUGGAGAUCUGGAUCAGCUGAAGAGUGAUGCAAUGGGAAUAUUUGAUCAGUUUACUGACCCUUUCAGUCAAAUUGCUACAACUCAUUUGCAGGAUAAGACAAUCAAAGAACUGUUACAACCAAUUGAACCAGAGCUUAGUAUAUCAAAAAAUACAGUAUGUUAUGUGUAAAGUGGAGACUCCAGAGUCCUUACCAUUAAAAACCAUUACUUUUAUUAUAUACCAUUGGUGAAAAGUUUGGAGCAGCUGUUAUUCCAUCCAAGAAUUCUUGCAAUGAUUGAAGAGGGGCCACAGCCAUGCAAAAAUGGAUUUUUUCAUGAUUUAAUUGGAGACAUUUUUAAAUCGCACCCACUGUUUUUGAAAGUUCCCACAGCAUUGCAAUUAAUUUUAUAUACAGACGAAUUGUGCAAUCCUCUUGGAUCUCGGGCAAACAAAAACAAGUUGUUAUUGAUUUAUUACACCUUAGGUAACAUCAAACCAAAAUACAGAUCUAGACUUGCUGCCAUUCAUCUGCUUGCCCUGGUAAAAUCAAAAGAUCUUUCAGAUUGUGGUAUUGAUAAGAUAUUUGAGAGGAUUAACCGUGACUUAAUUGAGCUGUAUGAUGGUGUUAAAGUUGUCACUGCAAACGGUGAGAAGACAGUUUGUGGGACGCUUAUGUCUGUGUGUGGAGACACUCUAGCUCUGCAUGAAGUGGCAGGAUUUAAGGAAGGAGUAGGGUUUGCCUACAGUAAAUGCAGACACUGCGAAUGCAACUUUGAAGACAUGCAGGAACAAUUUAAUGAAGAUUUGUUUGUUAAAAGGACCAUGGCAAGUCAUAUCAGGCAAUGUAGUGACAUUGAAAAGGCAAGCACUGACUUUCUGAAAGAAAAUCUAAAAACGACAUAUGGUAUUAAUAGGAGAAGCAAAUUAACAGAAUUUCCUCAAUUUGAUGUAAUCAAUCAAACCCCACAAGACAUCAUGCAUGUUAUUCUUGAAGGUGUUGCCCCAUAUGAAAUCAAAUGUGUUUUAAAGUAUCUUGUGCUUUCAGGGCAUAUGGAGCUAGACACAUUCAACAGUGCAAUUAUUGGUUUCCCUUAUUCUCCUGUGGAUGCGAGGGAUAAGCCUUGCCCCAUAUCUGUCAAUACACUGUCAUCAAAUGACAAUAAACUGAAACAGUCAGCUGGGCAGAUGCUGGUUUUGUUAAAGAUCCUGCCAUUUCUCAUUGACACAAUUGAAGAAAAUGAUUACACACAAAUGCUGCUUAAGUUGUUAGAGAUAGUCAAAAUUCUGUUUUCACCUAUUAUUGCUCUCCCAACUCUUUCAAGGCUGAAGCUUUUAGUAGAGCAACAUUUGAAAGAUUUCAAACAACUGUUUCCAGAUACAAAUAUCAUAUCUAAACAGCAUUACCUUCUGCAUCUUCCUUCUCAGAUUAAGGCACUUGGUCCUAUGGUGAGGCAUAUGUGUAUGCGCUUUGAGUCAAAGCAUUGCUUUUUCAAGCAGUGGGCUUUGAAAAGUAGUUUUAAGAAUAUUUGUAAAUCUCUUGUGAAGCACAAUCAACUAUAUGAAUGUGGUCAGAAUGUGCAUGAGAAACAUCCAAUUUUUUCAAGUGAAGUUGAAAUGGGCCCAGUCUCUGAGGUUAAAAAUGUUCACUAUAUAGAAGGAAAGAUGAAAGACUUCUUAGGAAUAGAGCAAGUUCAACAUGUAGUUUCUGUAAAGUGGAUUAUGCAACAUGGAAAUAAGUAUACAUGUGAGAAAACUUUGGUUAUUUCUAAUGUCAUCAAUAGUACUCCAGAGUUUGGACUUGUGAAAAACAUCUACAUAGUAAAUUCGUCAGUGUAUAGUUUUGAAUGCCAACCUCUCUCUAUAACUGAGUGGAAUGAUCAUUAUUUAGCUUAUGAGGUAGAAGAGUUCCCUACCUAGCUCAAGCCAAUAUUUUUGUGGAUGCUGAAAUCUUGUUGAUUAUACACCAUACUACUAUUUGACCUUCAAUAAUAGCAAGUACAUUCCAAUGAAGUAUGAUCUCACAGACAUCAAUGAACAUCACUCCCUUUGAUUUUCUAGGGAGCAUUUCAUAGUACUUUUAUUUUUUCUCCUCUCACCACUGAAUCAUUUAGAUAAGGCCAGUGUGUAUGAGAUACUUUAAUAAGGAACUGAUUUAUUAAUGUAUGUGUUCAUGGGGUUCCAGUGUAUUAAGGCCAUUAUGGUAUUCAGUGAAUACUUUUGAAUAAUGCUCAAAAAGAGUGGCUGUUAAAUAUAAUUUAAGCAAUGACAUUUUACUGUUUAAGUCAUAUAUACAGUUUAUUUAGCCUUUCAAAUG